AUGUUGAAUCUGAAAAUGGCCGACUAUAUUGGCUCAGAAGUCUAUGUCACAGUGACCAGAGCUCGUAUGCUUGUGGGCACAUUUGUGGCCACUGAUUCGGAGCUUAAUCUGCUGCUGGAUAACGUCGAAGAAAUCAGUGCUAGUUCGACUCGAAAACUGGGUCUUAUUAGUGUUCCACACACUACGAUAGAAUCGAUUCAGAUCAAAGCGGCACAGCUGGCCAAUUUGAGAAACUCGAAGUCUAUAUAUUCUCAAGAGAUCGUAUAA